GUGUCGACUUGCUGCCCAGCACUCCGAGACUUGCCCCAAAAUGUAGUUUUCUGAUCCAGAUGCUGUGCUUCUCUUCUGAGUAAUGGUCCAGCAGGCAGGAUGCUGGGGAUGGCACGGCCAACACAAAGCUCUGCUGGAGCACUGAGCCGGCUGCAGAGUCAGAAAACACACCUGAAAAGCAUUUGUCUGCAGUAUCUGCUUCUGAACAGCCAUUGCUUUUGCCUUUUAAAGAAUGGAAUGGGACUAAUCAUCUUCUUCCUAUGUGCUUAUGUACCAAAGACAGAAGCAGGUCAAUGCAAGUGGGAAGUAGUUCUGAAAGAUUUGCAAACGAUCAAGACAUCCAAAGAUAUUGAUGUCAGUUUAUACACUGCAAAUGCAGACGAGGAUGAAGAAUGCCAAGAACUUGUAAUGAGGUGCUUUUUCUUAGAGACAGAAGUGAUAUUUCAAGAAUGUCGUAUCAAAAAUUGUAGUAAAACACAGGAUGUGUGGAACAUAUGGAAAAAUGGAAAUGACAGCUUCGAAAAAAAUAAGUUGGCUUCCACAAAAUCAGAAAAAUGCAAAGAAUGUGAAGAAUAUGAAGAAAAAAAUUUUACAGAAUUUGUACAAAAUUUUGAAAAGGUUAUACAAAGGUAUUGCAAACACUGAUCAAAAAGACAUAAGCUGGGAAACAAGAUUCUUACAUGAACACCCUCAGAGAAAUUAGAUUACCACCAAAAAUAAACCAGAAAAAAAAUAUAAUCCUUUUGGCUGUCUCUUAAUAAUCUGCUUCUAUUGUGAUUUUCAGGCACCUCCAUUUCUCUAUCUUCAGCUGAUAAAUGGCUGAGUCAUUCAGCUGUCCACUUACUGGGAAGGAAGUUUCAAUCUCAUUAUGGCAACAAACACACUGCCUGCUUCUCUUUUAUUGUUGGGAUGCUCCCCACAGUCAGUCUUUAGCACUGCGAGGAGAUGAAUCAACAGUAGACUGCAAGAGGAAGGACAUCAAUGGGAGCAUGUGGGAUGUCAUCUUCCAAGGGACUUGUAGACAAACAGCAGCUUCCCUAGUAAAGGAAGGGCAAAGAGAAACUCCUGAAAAUGUGGG